AUGGGUGCUUCUGGUAUUAUUUCUGGUACAUUAACUGGGAGUAUGGCUAUUACUUCAGCUGAUUGGACAAAUAAUGGUUUAAUUGUGUUUUACCAAAACCAAAGAAGUUCAGGUAAUGUCAAUUUAGGUACCCCACUUGGAAAAAUUACAAAUGAUGGUCAAAUUUGUUUAUACAAUCAAGUCUAUAGACAAUUGACUGAAAUUCAAGGUAGUGGUUGUAUUACUGCUGAUGAAGACUCAACAAUUUAUAUUGGUAAUGGACUUCUUGGAAUUUCUACAACACAUAAUUUUUAUCUUCAUGAUUCUGAUUCUUCCCUUGUUGCACCUGCUAUUUCAACAUCUCAGACAUUCAAUGUUUAUGGUUUUGGUAACGGUAAUAAAAUUGGAUUGUCUUUACCACUUGUUGGUAGUGUGCUUCCAUUACGUGCUGCCUACUCUUACGAUGCAGACACUGGUAUUUUGACUUUAAGAAACAUAUUGCUUACUCAAUACUUCAAUAUUGGUUUAGGUUAUGAUUCUUCUUUGUUUCAAAUUGUAACUGAUAGUGGUGCUGGUAUUCCAAGUACUAUUUUAGGUUCCGUUAGAUACAAUGGUCCAGUUCCAGAACGUACCUUGCCUGCUGCAUGUCAAAUUGAAUGUAAAAAAGCUAGAGAAGCUCCAGGUGUCGAACCAACAGAGUAUUUGACUACAGUGACUUCAACAUUAUCUGAUGGUUCAGUUACUACUGAAAGUGGUAUCGUUGAUGAAACUACUGAUUCACAAGGUUCAUGGUACACAACAACUUCAUUGUUCCCACCUUUGUCUUCUUCAAGUUCCGAAGUCGUGUCUUCAAGUUCAGAAAUUGUUUCUUCCACUGAUCGCGAAUCUUCUUUCCUGGAAUAUUUUAAUUCGCUGUCACUGUACGCGUAUGAAAGUUUUUCUUCCAACAUUGAAUCCAGCUCCCAUCCAAGUUCUGAAGUUUCAUCCACUCAAGAUGAUGCCAGUGAGUCCAAUUUUAGUACAUCUAGUUUAAUUUCGGAAUCAAGUGUUUUAGAAAGCUCUGAUGUCUCAUCUACUUCUGAUGUCUCAUCUGCUUCUGACGCUUCAUCUGCUUCUGAUGCUAGUGAAUCUGACGCUUCAUCUGCUUCUGACGCUUCAUCUACUUCUGAUGUCUCAUCUGCUUCCGAUGCUAGUGAAUCUGAUGCUUCAUCUGCUUCUGAUGUCUCAUCUACUUCUGAUGUCUCAUCUGCUUCUGACGCUUCAUCUGCUUCUGAUGCUAGUGAAUCUGACGCUUCAUCUGCUUCUGACGCUUCAUCUACUUCUGAUGUCUCAUCUGCUUCCGAUGCUAGUGAAUCUGAUGCUUCAUCUGCUUCUGAUGUCUCAUCUACUUCUGAUGUCUCAUCUGCUUCUGACGCUUCAUCUGCUUCUGAUGCUUCAUCUGCUUCUGAUGUCUCAUCUGCUUCCGAUGCUAGUGAAUCUGAUGCUUCAUCUGCUUCUGAUGUCUCAUCUGCUUCCGAUGCUAGUGAAUCUGAUGCUUCAUCUGCUUCUGAUGUCUCAUCUACUUCUGAUGUCUCAUCUGCUUCUGACGCUUCAUCUGCUUCUGAUGCUUCAUCUACUUCUGACGCUUCAUCUGCUUCUGAUGCUAGUGAAUCUGACGCUUCAUCUGCUUCUGAUGUCUCAUCUGCUUCCGAUGCUAGUGAAUCUGAUGCUUCAUCUGCUUCUGAUGUCUCAUCUACUUCUGAUGUCUCAUCUGCUUCUGACGCUUCAUCUGCUUCUGAUGCUUCAUCUACUUCUGACGCUUCAUCUGCUUCUGAUGCUACUGAAUCUGACGCUUCAUCUGCUUCUGAUGUCUCAUCUGCUUCCGAUGCUAGUGAAUCUGAUGCUUCAUCUGCUUCUGAUGUCUCAUCUGCUUCCGAUGCUAGUGAAUCUGAUGCUUCAUCUGCUUCUGAUGUCUCAUCUACUUCUGAUGUCUCAUCUGCUUCUGACGCUUAG